GAGGAUAGGUAUAAUUUUUUAUCAAACAAAUUAAAUGGUUAGGUAAACAUUAGCUACACGGAAAAUAGAGGCUUUUCUUUUGGAAACAACAGCCCCUGAACCGGAAGCAGUUCUUGUGGCAUGUAACGUCCUCUUUCUACAGUCAGUUCUGAGGUUCUGAAGCACGCGGAGUCUUCUCGAGCCACAACGAUGCAGCUUUGUAAUGUGUGCUGCGAGCAGACACCAAAAUACAGAUGUCCAACCUGUGAAAUAAGAUAUUGCUCACUUGGCUGUUACAAGAAGCAUAAAGACACCUGCCUUCCUGUUGUGAAGCCUUGCUCAUAUAAUCCCGAAGAUGCUGUCUGCUCUGAGGCAUGUGGUGUCGAGGAUCUGCUGCAUGAAGACGACAUAAUUGACAAAGUGCCACUGCAAAGGCUCCAGCUGUUGGGUCAGUCCAAUGAGCUAAGAGAUCUUCUUUGCAACCCCCAUCUGAGACAGUUACUGCGUUCCGUAGAUGGCGCUCAGAGGAAAGACGAAGCGAUGAAAGCCGCCAUGCAGGAGCCUCUUUUUGUGGAGUUUUCAGAUCAGUGUUUAAAACUAGUUGAAGAUGGAGCCACUGCAUUAACUAACCCCCAGUAAUGACUGAUGUAUAAAACUGCAUUUUUUUUUUUACCACACGUGCCAUGCAUGUUCUAGGACUACUCCCACACCUGUUUGUACAUAAUGUUCUAAUAAACUAUUUUUUCUGAAUCAAGACUAAAUUAAAGCUGGAAAUAAAUGUA